AUGCUCCGGACCCGCCUCAAGUCGACGUUGGCUGCCGUCGCCACUGCCGCCGAGGCCUCGCCCAGCCUAUGCGGCAUUCCCGUCGCGCCAGAGUGGGGUUUUGGCCCGCUGCGCUGCAGCUUUGCGCACUUUGCACCCAAGAAUGGCUUCCGCUUCCUCUUUGAGCGCCUCCACGCGCUGCACGCGUGCCUCGGCCCCAUCUUCCGCGUUCGGUUCCUUCCAUUCCAAUCGUACGCGGUGAGCAUCUCGGACCCGGACGCUGUCGCCCAAAUCUACCGCCACGAAGGCGCCAUGCCGCAGCGCCAGAUCUUCGCCUUCUGGAAGCUGUACCGCGACGAGAGACAGUGGCCGUUGGGCUUGACCAAUACGAACGAGUACGCCGAGUGGAAGAAGUUCCGGCUCGGCAUGAGCGCGCACCUACUUCAGCCGCACAACGUGAGCACGUGGCUGCCGCGCCUCGAUGCGGUCGCGCGUGACGUCGCGGCCCGCAUCGAGAGCCAAGCACGUGCGUCACCGAGCGGCGAUGUGCCCAUGACGCUGACGACCAAGGCGUUUACGCUCGAAGCCGUCUCAUCGAUCGUCUUUGGAAAGCGCAUGGGCUGCCUCUCGCGAAACCCUUCGACGCCCGUGUCUGCACCGGCAAAGGCCUUCAUCCGCGCGGUGGACGGCUUCUUCGAGACCACCCAGCAGCUCAUGGCGAUUCCGCCCGACGCGCCGCGCGUCGUGUACAAGGUCCUACCCGCGUACAAGGCGCACGUGGCGCACGUCGACUUUAUCUUCCGCUUGGGGCACGACAUGGUGCGAGAGAAGAUCGCGUCCAGCGAGCUGCGCGCGGAGCCCGAUUUGCUCACGCUCUUUCUGCAGCGGCCUGAGCUCAGCGAGCGCGACGCGGUCGCGCAGGCGCUCGAUGUGCUUUUUGCGGGCGUCGACACGACGUCGACUGCGCUGCUCUGGGCGCUCUACUGUCUCGCGACAUCGCCCAACAGCCGCGAGAUGCAGCGCAAGAUGCGCGCCGAGAGGCGCGAGAUUCUCGUGCUUCAGCGCGAGCAGAAGACGAUCAGCUACAUCGCGACCCAGCUCAAUCGCUCCCGUGGAUGUAUUCGCGGCUUCUUACUCUCCCCGGACACCUACGGCACUGCUCGCUCGCCCGGCCGCCCAUCUCGACUGAGUGCGACCCUCCACCGCCGACUUAUUCGGUCGGCUCGCACGGGCAAGUACACCGCGGCGGAGCUCGUCGAACGGAAUGCCCUUCCCAUCGGCCCUCGCCGUGUCUGUCAGCUACUCAACUCGAGCUGCAAGCUGAAGUUCAAGAAGCGACCUGCGGCGCCCAUGAUGACACCUGCCCGCAAAAAGGCCCGUGUGGCAAAAGCAAAGGUGUGA